AUGCCCAAACAGGCGAUUGUCAAUAUUCAGGAGGAUGUCCAGUCGGUCGACAUCAUCGACACCCCUAUUCCGACUCCCAAGGACAAGGAAAUUGUGAUCAGAGUUGUCGUUGCCGGAAGUAACCCAAAGGACUGGAAAAUGCCGCUGUGGCACAACUUCCCUCACAACAGCGGCGACGACAUGGCCGGCGUCGUAUACUCGGUCGGCAAAGACGUGUAUGAGUUCAAGCCGGGAGACCGCGUCGCGGCUUUUCACGAAGUCUCCUUGCAAGGCGGCUUUACGGAGAACGGUGCCUUCGCCGAGUACGCCGUGGCUCCAGACUGGACGACUUUCCAUGUUCCGCACAACAUAUCUUUCGAGGAGGCCGCCACUAUGCCUGUCGCAGCCCUCACCGCUGCGAUUGCUCUCUUUUGCGAUAUGAAGCUGCCGGCACCCCACGCCAUGCCUGCACAGGCUGAGAGAAAGACGCCCCUCUUGAUAUACGGUGUCUCGUCCGCCGUUGGUGCAUUCGCCGCCAAGCUCGCACGGCUCUCCGGAAUCGGUCCUAUCAUCGGCGUGGCCGGUCGAGCUGGCGACUUUGCACGCACUCUCGUUGAUCACGUCGUUGAUUAUCGCCAGGGCGAAGACGCCGUCGUGGCAGCCGUCGAGGCGAUCCUCGAGAAGGAAGGGCUGGGCAGCAAGGUGCCCUAUGUCCUCGACGCAAUCAGUGAGCACGGGUCACUCGAAACAACCCUUCGCUUCAUCGAUCCUAAUGGCGGCACUGUCAGCACCGUGCUGCCUCCCAACUUGUUUGCCAAGGACAAGGAGAACUUCGCAUACCCCGCUGGCGUGACUGCUAUCAACAGUGCUGUCCCUCUGGUCCACGCGACCCACAAGGAUUUCGGAUACAUCUGGUCACGCUAUCUGGGGAGGCUUCUGGAGGACGGACGAUUGAAGCCUCAUCCGUAUGAGGUUAUCCCUGGUGGUCUGAAUGGUGUGUUGACGGGAUUGAAGAAACUGAAGAACGGGGAAGCUAGUGCCGUCAAGUAUGUCUUCAGGAUCGAGGAGACAGAUGAUGGAUAUGUCAGCCAAAACUCGGGGAAGCCAGUCCCGGCUGCAGCCCACGAGAACACCCACCCACUCAGGAACUUCCCCUUUCCUGCAUGA